ACUCCUCCUCACUCACUCGCUCACUCACUCCUCUUUCUCUAUCUCUAUCCCUUUCUCUCUCCCUCACCAAAUUCCUCUCACUCUUUUCCACACUUUCUCUCUCUAAACUUAACGCAGCUACGCCGCUGGGCUUCCAAUGGCGACCGAAGGCCUCAACAAAUCGACCUCGCUCCCUCCUUACCCACAGAUGAUUCUGGAAGCUCUGGAUGCAAUGAAGCAGCCAGAGGGCGCCAACAAGUCAUUCAUAUCGAAAUACAUGGAAUCGAAAUACGGUGAAAUGCCGGCCGGCCACAUGGAUUUGCUAUCCCUUCACCUGACCAGAAUGACCGACAGCGGGGAGCUUCAAUUCCUCAAGAACAAUUACGUCCGGGCAGGCCUCGACGCGCCCCCUAAGCGCGGCCGAGGCCGCCCUCCAAAGCCCAAGGAUCCCUUGGCUGCAGGCACCAUCCCUGCUGCUCCUCGGCCCCGUGGUCGACCAAGAAAGGAUCCCAAUGCGCCUCCUGCCCCGAAAAAGCAAAAGCCUGCAUCUGGCCCCCCUCCCAUCUCCAAGACGGGGAGGCCGAGGGGAAGGCCGAGGAAGGUGAAUGUGCAGGCAAUGACUGAUGGCGUCGAGGCGUGAGGUUGAAGAUGAAGAUGAAGCUGACUUGUGGUUCUCCCCGUACGUACGUACGUUUUCUUUUUAACUUUAUGAGGUGCUUUGUGUGUGUUUUUUUUUUUUUUUUUUAUGUGUUUAGUUUGGUUGGAUUUGCGUAAAGUAGGUAAGUUUCGUUUAGGACUUAAUGAUGCGUAAUUUGGUUGGUUUAGACGGUGGAGAGUGUUUGGUUAAAAUUUUUCGGUGUUGUUUGUACUCUUACUCUAAUGCAUUUGUUGACGACGUUGGUGUUCCAUGUGCGUACUUACCUUGUUGAAGGGGUUUGUUCUUUCU